AUGAGUGAGCAGCAUAUUUAAAAAGAUCAACUUAAAAGAAGAAAUAAGAGCAUAAUAAAAAAAGCUUGGAACAAUUUUGAAGACAGAUAACUUAAAACUGCUAUAAGAUUGUGUGGAAUGAAUUGGAUUCAAAUAGCUUCAUAUGUACAUGAUAGAAAUCCUAAUCAAUGUGCUUAGAGAUGGAAAAGACUGAAGGGGAAAAGGGUAAUUUUUUUCUAUUACCUUUAGAGUAGAACUAAUCAAUUCUGGAAAAAAUCAGAAGAUGAAUAAUUGAUGUAUCUUGUUCAAUAAUUUGGAAAAAAAUGGUCCAAAAUAGCCCAGAUUAUCCAAUUUAGAAAUAGCAAGCAAUGUAGAGAUCGAUACAUCAAUGUGCUUGAUCCAGAUCUCAAAACUGAAAGCUUUUCAUAAGAAGAAGAUUAAAUAAUUUAUGAAUAGUACUUAAGGUUUGGUUCUAAGUGGUCCUAUAUAUCUAAAUAACUUGAGGGUAGAUCGGUAAAUUUUUUAUAUAUAUUUCAGCAAAAUUAAGUCAAAAACAGAUUCUAUAGUCACAUAAGAAGUAAUUACUUAUAGAUCUAAAAUCCAUACUAUUUAAAACAAACAUCAUUAGUGUCAUAAUAAAUACUUUAAGAAACAAGAGAAGAACAUUUAAGAAAAAUGGAAUAUUUAUAAAAAAAAAUAAUCAUUUUAGAUCAAAGUCCAUCUGAUAAUUAAGAUUCUUUCAACUUUUAAUAUGUACCAAACUAUUUUUAUCAAAACAUGAAUUUAGAAGACCCAAGUAUGAUGUUAGAAGACUAAUUUUGA